UCAGAAGCGAACAAAUCCUAAUCCUUUAUUUGAAUACAAGAGGUACAAAUAGAGUUGCUCGGAGGCUCCUCGCUUCUCUCUGGAGAGACUCGCCAUCAUGCCUGAUCCGUCCAAAUCGGCUCCAGCGCCCAAGAAAGGCUCCAAGAAGGCUGUUACCAAGGCGCAGAAGAAGGACGGCAAGAAGCGCAAGCGCAGCCGCAAGGAGAGCUACUCCAUCUACGUGUACAAGGUGCUGAAGCAGGUGCACCCCGACACCGGCAUCUCAUCCAAGGCGAUGGGCAUUAUGAACUCUUUCGUCAACGACAUCUUUGAGCGCAUCGCCAGCGAGGCCUCCCGUCUGGCGCAUUACAACAAGCGCUCCACCAUCACGUCCCGCGAGGUGCAAACAGCUGUGCGCCUGCUGCUUCCGGGCGAGCUGGCCAAGCACGCCGUGUCCGAGGGCACCAAGGCCGUUACCAAGUACACCAGCUCCAAGUGAGGCGCGUCUAGCGCCCCGAACCCAAAGGCUCUUUUCAGAGCCACCCCACACUGUCGAGAAAGGGUUUCGAACACGGUGAAGGGCUAUUACGUAACUUAAUGUGUCUCCAUGCGUCCUAGCGGCUCCCUGGCUAGUUGAUACGACUGGGUCUGAGUCA